AUGUCUCUGAUCAACAGUGAAAGGGCCAUCGUCAAGUCCAUUUGGGACAAGAUCUCCUCACAGGCUGAUGCCAUUGGCGCCGAAACUCUGGAGAGGCUCUUCUGCAGCUACCCGCAGACCAAGACCUACUUCCCGCACUUCGACCUGCACCCGGGGUCCCCGCAGCUGCGCGCGCACGGAGCCAAGGUGCUGGCCGCCGUGGGCGAGGCCGUCCAGCACAUCGACCGCAUGCCGAGCGCGCUGACCAAGCUGAGCGAGCUGCACGCCUACAUCCUGCGCGUGGACCCGGUCAACUUCAAGCUCCUGUCCCACUGCCUGCUGGUCACACUGGCCGCGCACUUCCCCGCCGACUUCUCGGCUGAGGUCCACGCCGCCUGGGACAAGUUCAUGUCCAUCCUGUCCUCCAUCCUGACCGAGAAGUACCGCUGA